AUGUCUAAGGCACACACAGCAGGGACCUGCCAGGACGCCAAGCUCAAGAAGCCGUUUUUUGACUACGCUAGCAUGUCGCAGGGGGGCUGCCGUGCAGGCUGGGCCAGCGAGGCUUCGCCACGCCUCGAAUUCGACAACAUUGUAGCAAAAUACCGCAACCGCAAAGUAAGCUCAGGCGCGCUUCUCCUGGUUGGCGACGAUGUACAUACUGAUGCCAUGGCCAAGUCCAGUAUCCGCAGCGGAUUCGACAACGGCGUGCUGACAAACUUUGACGUCAUGGAAAAUGUCCUCGACUAUAUAUUCACUCUGCUGGGCUGCACCGACGACCGCGUAGCCCAGCCCAUCGUCAUGACCGAGACCGUAUGCACACCAUAUAGCUCCAGACGCCACAUGUCAGAGCUGUUGUUUGAGUGCUAUAGUGUGCCGAGCGUCACCUAUGGCGUGGAUGCAGCGUGGAGCUACUACCAGAAUGCUGGGACACUCAAUGAUGAUGCGCUGAUCAUCGACACAGGCAAUGUUGCGUCGCAUGUCAUCCCGCUUUAUGAUGCGCGGAUCCACACUAACCACACGAAGCGCCUGAACUUGGGCGGCCAGGCAAUGGACGAGCACCUUCUCAAAUUGCUGCAACUAAAGUACCCGACGUUCCCGAUGAAGAUCACCGAGUGGCAGGCACACCAGCUCAUUGACAGGUUUGCCUAUGUGGCUGACGACUACGACCGGGAGCUUGCCGGCUUCCUGUCCCCCGACUUUUUGAAAGAGCACGAUCAGAUCGUACAGUUCCCGUUCCCGAUUCCUGCGCUUGAUGAGCGCACUGCGGAGGAGAUUGAGCUGCGGCGCGAGCAACGACGCCAACAGAUGAAGAAAAUGCAGGAGAACCUGGCACGUAAGCGCCAGGAGAAGGUUGAGCAGCGUGAGCAGGAGUUGCAGUCACUAACAGCUUUGCGCGAAAGCAAGUCCGAACUGGAGACCGGCGAGUUUGUCAUGCAGCUGAAGGAUGCUGGGCUAGCCAACGAGCAGGAGCUUGAUGCUGCAAUUGAUGACGCGCAGAACUUUCCUGAGGACAGGCAGCCGCCGACGUUCCCGCUGCUAGAGAUCCCCGACGAGGAACUCACCGAUGAGCAGAAACAGGAGAAGCUGAAGCAGAAGCAGCAAAAGGCGCUAAAAGCGCGGAUGGAGCAGGAGGAGCUUGAGCGCCAGGACGACGAGCUGCGUACCAACCACUUUGACCAGUGGCUGGAAGACAAAGAUCGCCAGGCGCAACCAGAUCCUAGCUGCACGACCGGCGGAGUCCACGCGUCACAGCAGCGUAUGCGGUCAAUCGCCGAUCUUGCCGCCAACGAAUCCACCGCCACAGGUAAUAAGCGUCGGCGGCGCGGCGAUCAGGACGACGAUUUCGGCGCCGAAGACGAUGAUUGGAACGUCUACAGGGACAUCAGCAAAGAGGACGACGACGAAGAAGAGGAGGCGGAUUUGGAGGAGCUCGAGAAAAACAACAAGGUUCUGGAGCAGCAUGCGCUGUUCUACCUGGAAGCGCUGGACCGCGAUGCUCGGGCCAAGAUUGAGAAUACAACAAUUUACCGGUUCACCGAGGGCUGCUUACCGGCAAUCUUGGAGAAGCCCGCCGCACCGCAAACUAUUGAUAAUGCGGCGAUUGUUGCCAGGGCAGCGCGCGAGUACCAGCUGCACCUGAAUGUGGAGCGGAUCCGUGUGCCCGAGGUGCUGUUCAGACCAAGCCUUGUCGGGCUGGACCAGGCUGGGCUGCUCGAGACCAUCGACGGCGUCCUGAGGCAAACAGUCCGUGGCCCUGGGCUCGUGAAGAAUGUGUUUGUCACCGGUGGUGGGUUCUCCAAGGUGCCUGGGCUGCUGGAGCGGCUACGCAGGGACAUCGUGGGCAUUGUUCCGGUUGGCACGCAGGUCAGUGUCAAGGGCGCUGCUGACCCGGUGCUGGAUGCUUGGCGUGGGGCUGCAAAGUGGAGCACGACUGAGACCAGUACGUUCAAGCAGAGCUGCAUUACACGCGAGGACUACAUGGAGUUUGGCGGCGACUACCUCAAAGAGCAUGCAGCGAGCAACCGCUAUUUCAGGUGCUAG